CAAAUGUGAGUCUUUAGUCAUUGUUAACCUGUCCAGUAAAAACUUUACCAGGAAGUUUACCAAACUGUUAAAGUGCUUCAUUAUUUAACUUCAGAGAACACUGACCUAGAAUGAUUGAAGAGAGUGUUUGUAUUUGUUCUGAUCUUUGAUCAGUAUGUAUUCUCAAUUUAGAGUGACAGCAGGGCAGGGAGGGAACUUGCAUUGGCAACAAACUGACGCAGAUUAUUUUUUAAUAAUGGAGAUGUUAGAUGUGUUUGUCCAGACAUCCAGCUCUUUCUCCCUGUUAGGGGCUCUGGUGGUCCUGCUGCUUCUCUACCUCAUCUCCUCCUCCAGCUUCAACUCGCAGGAAAACAGGAAAGAACCUCCAGGACCAAAACCACUUCUCCUGCUUGGGAAUCUGCUGCAACUGGACCUUAAGAGACCCUACAACACAUUAUUGAAGCUUUCCAAGAAAUAUGGGUCAGUGUUCACCGUCUAUUUGGGACCCAAGAAAGUGGUGGUUCUGGCUGGAUACAAGACAGUGAAGGAGGCACUUGUCAACUACGCUGAUGAGUUUGGAGACAGAGAUCCAAUGCUAAUUGUGCAUGAAGUUAUGAAAGGAAAUGGUAUUGUAUGGUCCAGUGGCGAUUUAUGGAAGGAGAUGAGGCGCUUUACCAUAACCAACCUGAGAGACUUUGGGAUGGGCAAGAAGACUUGUGAGGACAAAAUCAUUGAGGAAUGUGACUAUCUUGUUAAAGUGUUUAAGAAAUAUAAAGGAGAAGCUGUUGAUACGACUGGGCCAAUAAACUAUGCAGUCUCUAACAUUAUCUGCUCCAUUGUUUAUGGCAGCAGAUUUGAAUAUGACGAUCCAGAGUUUACAUCCAUGGUAGAUCGAACAAGCAGAAACAAUCAACUAUUGGGGACCCCAUCAGUACAGGUGUAUAACCUGUUUCCUUGGAUUGGAAAAUGGUUUGCCGGCAAAAAAGAAUUCCAUAAAUCGUUUGCUGCCAAUAUUAAACAGAACUUACAGCUGUUCAGUCAUUUGAAAGAGACCCUCAAUCCACAGAUGUGCAGAGGAUUUGUGGAUGCGUUUCUGGUCCACAAGCAAAAUCUGGAGGAAUCUGGGAUUACUAACAGUCACUUCCACAAUGAAAACCUUUUGAUCACAGUUAUUAAUUUGUUUGCUGCUGGCACUGAUACAACAGCAACUACACUCAGAUGGGGACUGCUGUUUAUGACCAAAUAUCCAAAAAUACAGGACCAGGUCCAGGAGGAGCUGAGCAGGGUGAUAGGAAGUCGUCAGGUGCAGGUUGAGGACAGGAAGAACCUGCCCUUCACUGACGCUGUCAUCCACGAGACACAGAGACUGGCCAACAUCGCCCCCAUGGCACUUCCUCAUAAAACUACCCAAGAUGUCACUUUCCAGGGUCACUUCAUUAAGAAGGGGACCACAGUGUAUCCUCUCUUGACUUCUGUCCUGUAUGAUGAGAGUGAGUGGGAGAGCCCACACACCUUUUAUCCUGCCCACUUCCUGGACAAAGAUGGAAAGUUUGUCAAGCGAGAUGCCUUCAUGCCUUUUUCUGCAGGCCGCAGGAUUUGUCUUGGAGAAAGUCUGGGGAGGAUGGAGCUCUUCAUCUUCUUCACCACCCUCCUGCAAAACUUUCGCUUCACUCCUCCACCUGGAGUUUCAGAGGAUGAACUGGAUCUGAUUCCACGUGUGGGCUUUGGCUGCAGCCCUUCACCUCAUAAACUGUGUGCUGUCUCCUGUAUGUGAGGAGGAGGAGGGCUGGUUUCAUGCAGCAAACUUAACUUAGUUUAGGCAUAUAAAAUGAGUUAAUUGUAAUGUGUUACUGUACACGUAACUGAUUUGAUUCUACUUUAUGCAAUGUCACAGGUGUAGUAGGAUUACGGACUACAUCUGCAGCUACUUUCUGUUUCUGUUGCAAAUUCCCAGGAGACUCGUCUUUAAAAUGUUUAAUGUGAAAUUCCCAGAAUAAAAUGCAGCUUUUAAAGAAACUGUUAUACAUUUUUGGAAA